AUGGUUCGCGUUGCUACAGAAUAUAUCAGCGUCGGCGGCAAUCGCCAUCCUGGCGCGGCCGAUUGGGAUGUCCAGUCAGGCCUGCUAGCAUAUGGCGCGGAUAACAAUGUAGCGCUCUGGGCGCCAAGUGUAUGGAAGGCCCGGAUCCUCAUGUCUUUGCUUCAACCUUACUUACUGAUCUGUUUGUCUUUGCAGUCAUACAGAGGCGUCCAUGCAUUGCUCGUUGGCCAUACCGACAAGGUCAGCGCUGUGCGCUUCGUCGAGUGCGCGGAGAUCACCACAAGAGGGCGCCUGUUGCUCACCGGCUCCGUGGAUCGGACAAUCCGGGUAUGGAAACAGACAGACCAGUCAUCAUAUACAUGCGUUUGCGAGCUUACCGGGCACACGGGGACUGUUAAUACAAUUGCGGUUGAGGAUGGUUCGAAUGUUUUCGCGUCCGGAGGUGCUGACGGCACUGUUAGGAUUUGGAGACUCGGUUUCCAGGAGGAAGAUCAAAUAUCGGCACAGUUACUGCAGACAAUACCCAUGAAACCCAGGUUCUUUCCCUUGGCCAUGGCUCUUCAAUCGCUUGAUCUUGAAGACCCGAAGAAGCCAAUGGUACUGGCAGUCGGGGGAACAACUAACAGUGUCCAUAUAUAUUCAGCACAAGACACUACGUCUGAUAUUACUACGCAACCGCUUGAAUUCGUCUGGAAUGCCAAAUUGUCUGGUCACGAAGCUUGGGUGAGAUCGCUUUCUUUCAGAAAGCUCGACACCAAUGAUGACUUCCUCCUCGCAUCAGCCAGUCAAGACAAAUAUAUUCGUCUCUGGAAAGUGCACCGGGGCGAGGUAGCACCUGUACUCCCCAAAGAUGAGGACGAUAUCAUACUAGGCGGUGACGAACCGACCCUGUCCAAUAAAGCGCAUACGUUCACUGUUUCUGACUCGACUUAUUCGGUGACAUUCGAGGCCCUUCUACUCGGCCACGAAGAUUGGAUAUACACUGUCAACUGGAAUCCUAGCACAGAUGCGAAAAAUGCACAGCUUCUAUCUGCUUCCGCGGAUAACUCGUUAACAAUAUGGGAACAAGAUCCGACGACGGGGGUAUGGGUUACGAUUGAGAGAAUGGGAGAACUUAGUGUGCAAAAAGGCUCAACAUCAGCGACUGGCAGUACAGGCGGGUUCUGGAUUGGGCUAUGGUCCCCUGAUGGGAAACAAGUUGUUAGUCUGGCUCGGACAGGGAGCUGGAGGGCAUGGGCAUACGAUGAAGAUUUAGAUAUUUGGCAGCAACGACUAGGGAUUAGUGGCCAUGUCAGGUCUGUCAAUGAUAUCCAAUGGGAGGCAAAUGGUGCGUAUCUUCUAUCAACUAGCUCCGAUCAGACGAGUCGCCUCUAUGCUGAAUGGUUGCGGGAGGAGUCUUCCUCAUCAUGGCAUGAGUUUUCACGACCUCAAAUCCAUGGCUAUGACCUGAAUUGCAUAGACUCGCUGGGACCGGCGAGAUUUGUCUCUGGCGCAGAUGAAAAGCUUUUGCGAGUCUUCAACGAGCCUAAACAGAUUGCCCAAUUACUGGAAAACAUCUGCGGCAUUGCUAUACCACAGAGACAGGAAGAGGAAGAGGAGCUACCAGAUGCAGCCAACAUCCCCGUCUUGGGACUCUCAAACAAGGCAGUCGGGGAAGAUAUCGCAUUAUCGGCGGACGCCGGGCAAGGGAAUGACCAAGCUGAGCAACAGCAACAAGCAGUUGUAUCCUUACCGAUGCACCAGCCCCCAUUAGAAGAUUACUUAGCUCGACAUACUCUCUGGCCCGAACACGAGAAAUUAUACGGCCACGGAUACGAAAUAUCAGCAGUCGCAGUUAGCCAUGACCGCUCCCUGAUCGCCACCGCAUGCAAAGCGAGCUCUAUAGACCAUGCCGUCAUACGCCUGUACGACACAAAGAGGGAAUGGCGAGAAAUCAAGCCUUCGCUAACCGCCCAUUCUCUGACUAUAACAUCUCUUGCCUUCUCAGAUACCGACAAGUACUUACUCAGCGUGGGCCGUGAUCGUCAAUGGGCGGUUUUCAAGCGCGGCGCAGAUGGGAAUUUCUCCCUCUUCAAAUCCAACCCCAAGGCUCAUUCAAGGAUGAUUCUUGAUGCAGCAUGGGCUCCUUCAUCUCCGGGUGAAUCGUCCUCAAGACAAGCGAUAUUCGCAACCGCAGGCCGCGACAAAUGCGUGAAAAUCUGGCGGGAGGCGGCCGAGAGUCCUGAAAUGGAAGGAAAAGAGAAAGAGGGAAACACAUUCGAAUGCAUAUCAACCAUCACACUCAGAACCUCCAUAACGGCCGUGUCAUUCCACUCAGUAGUGACAGCUACUACAGACAGUCUCACUUUCUUACUAGCCAUUGGCGAAGAAACAGGCCAGAUAUCCGUCCACAAGCUGGUGGUAGCAGCAACAACUGCGACGGCAGAGUUGGUUGUUGGUCUAGAUAAAUCUGUUUCACCGUCAAAGUCUGUUACGCGCCUUGUUUGGAGGCCUGGGAGUUCCUCUCGCUUCCGGAAGGACAAAGGGCUUAGUGACGAAGGUAGGGGUGAAGGAUCUAUACUACUUGCUUCUGCAAGUGAAGAUUCGUCUAUGCGGAUAUAUAGAGUUGAUGAUGUACCUACUUAG